CCCCCCCCCCGAGACGGGCGCUUCCAAGUUUCUGCUUUGACGGUCAGGGAGAGCCGUAGCCAUGUCGGGAGACGAGAUGAUCUUCGACCCUACUAUGAGCAAAAAGAAGAAGAAGAAAAAGAAGCCUUUUAUGCUUGAUGAAGAAGGUGGUGAUGCACAAACAGAAGAGACACAACUAUUAGAAACAAAAGAAGUAGAGCCAGAACCAGCAGAAGACAAAGAUAUAGAAGCUGAUGAAGAGGACAGCAGAAAGAAAGAUGCAUCAAAUGAUUUAGAUGACUUAACCUUCUUUAAUCAGAAGAAAAAGAAGAAAAAAACAAAAAAGAUAUUUGAUAUUGAUGAAGCUGAAGAGGGACUGAAGGACCUAAAAAUUGAAGGUGAUGUGCAAGAAACAGUAGAACCAGAAGAUGACCUUGAUAUCAUGUUAGGAAAGAAGAAGAAAAGAAAGACGGCAAAGUUUACAGAUGAGGAUGAAGUAUUAGAUAAAGAUGAAGCAUUGGAGGAUGAUGACAGCAAAAAAGAUGAUGGAAUCUCUUUUAGCUCUCUGUUAGGACCUGCAUGGGCAGGCUCGGAAAGGGAUUACACAUAUGAUGAGUUGCUGAAUCGUGUAUUUAACAUCAUGAGGGAAAAAAAUCCUGAUAUGGUAGCCGGUGAAAAAAGAAAAUUUGUUAUGAAACCUCCCCAGGUUGUAAGAGUAGGAACAAAGAAAACAUCAUUUGUUAACUUCACAGAUAUCUGUAAACUAUUACAUCGUCAACCUAAACAUCUCCUGGCUUUUUUGCUGGCAGAAUUGGGUACAAGUGGUUCAAUAGAUGGCAACAACCAACUUGUAAUCAAAGGAAGAUUCCAACAAAAACAGAUAGAAAAUGUCUUGAGAAGAUAUAUCAAGGAAUAUGUCACCUGUCAUACAUGUCGGUCACCAGACACAAUCUUGCAGAAGGACACCAGAUUAUAUUUUUUGCAGUGUGAGACUUGCCAUUCGCGCUGUUCUGUUGCCAGCAUUAAAACUGGUUUCCAGGCUGUCACAGGCAAGAGAGCGCAGCUCCGUGCCAAAGCUAACUAGUUGGCUGGUUGACCCUGAAUUUUUGCGAAGUGAUCUGGGUGCAAAUGGCUGGACAGGCUUACAACCUGAGUGGAUUGCCGAUGUAUUAAAAACAAGAUAGUAAAAGCUGCUUUGCUUUGGGUUGGUCUGUGAGAUUCUUGCGAGAUCAGAUCCUCAAGCUGUUGACAUUUGCUAACUGAAUAUUUUACCAACUGUCAAGUGAUGAGAAAGGAGGUGCUUUUUAAUCUGUUCAUAGAAUUCUGUAAAAUGCAAGAGAAAUUAAAGUUAUUAUAACAGUGACUCUUUCAUUUGAAUUUUUUGGUUUCUCUGUUAACAGUAGUAUGAAUACAUGCAAGCGUCAUGGCCAAUUGUGUUAUAAAAACAUUUGUUGUCCUAAUUAAGUGUAUUGUAAAAGCAAAUGGGCACAGUUGAAUUAAUGUAAUGGAACAUAUCAUAGAACAUUAAAUCACAAAUAGGUUCUCCCUGUUGAAUAUCUCCACGCAUAUAAGAAUUUCAUCAUCUGGUUACAAGGGACAAAUCCCACAAAUAAAUGUGAGAUUUGUAUUAAUUGGGUUUAGGUUAGCUGUCUGUAGCCAGCUUUCCUUUGCAUUUUGGUGUUCACUUUAAUCUGUGCAUUAGGAUGGUCUUAAUAAAAAUUAUUAAAAUAUAACAUAUCAAGAUGCCAUAUUAAUGCAUGUAAGUUUGGGAAAACAUUGCAGUGUAAAUGCACAUUAUCAUUGCCAUAAUCUAUUUAGAGUUUUUGUAAUGCUAGCUUUCAGUACUGUACUAAAAAAGUUAAAUUGUAAAAAUGAAUUAUGUAUGUAUCACCCAUUUAAAUGAAAACAAGUUAGAAAAAGUUAGUGCGGCUAUUAAAACUUAAAUAAUCU